UUACCUCUUAUUUACGCGACAGAGUGCCGUAAGGACCCCGCGCAGAAAGUUCGUGAUGGGUUCGAAAUCACGACGUCGGUCCUGCUCUAAGUCCAGAAGCCGGAGCCGGGGUCGGCGGAACAGGUCCAGAGUAAGCAGGUCUCGUUCCCCGGAAGACAGGAGAGGCCGCAGUCGGUCUACGGACGCGAAAAGAACCGCCCGCGGUCGAGCACGGUCCGAUAGCAGGGACUCCAGCGAUGGCUCCCCUGCCAGACGUCGGCCUCAACACAGGGACCAUCCAGGUUCCCGAAGCGGCUCUGAGAGCGACAGAGGACGAGGACCACACCGCCCCAGGAGCAAGUCGAGGAGUGGGUCGUCCAGUUCUGAUUCAGAUGAUCCCAAAAUGAGGAGGAGGAGAAAGGAAAUGGAGAACCAGAGAAGAACAUCUCAAGAGAGGAGAAGGGGGAGAUCCCAGUCCAACUCUGACUCCCGCAGUGGAAGCAGCGAUAGAGAAAGAAGAAGACGGAGAAGUCCCGACAGAAGGAGUCCAGCCAGAGACAGACAGAGAAGGGAGCGGGACAGAGAUAGAGAGAGGCGGAAGAGCAGCAGCAGAGAAAGGGAAAGAAAAAGAGCGAGAGACAAAAGCCGAGAGCGGAGGAAGAGGAGUGAAGACAAGGAGCGAGGGAGGAGUGAAAGAAGCAGAGAGAGGGCUGGCAGAGAUCGGGGGAGGCAGCGCUCCAGUUCACCUGAGUCGUCUGAUAGCUCAGGGUCUGAUCACAGGGGCCACGCAGUGAAAGAAAAGGAGGAGAGGAAAAAACAGAGAGAAAUGAUGAAAGCUCUGGAGACGCCAGAAGAGAAGAGGGCCAGAAGACUGGCCAAGAAGGAAGCAAAGGAGAAGAAAAGGAGAGAGAAGAUGGGCUGGAGUGAGGAGUACAUGGGGUACACCAAUGCAGACAAUCCCUUUGGUGACAACAACUUGUUAGGCACAUUCAAAUGGCAGAAGGCGUUGGAUAAGAAAGGUAUCGGCCAUCUUGGAGAAAAGGAGCUUAAAGAAAGGAAUAAACGUAUCCAGGAGGAGAAUCGCAGGGAGCUGCAGAAGGUGAAACAGCUUCGUCUGGAGAGGGAGCGAGAGAAAGCCAUGAGAGAGACAGAGCUGGAGAUGCUGCAGAGAGAGAAAGAGGCAGAGCAUUUCAAAACCUGGGCUGAGCAGGAAGACAACUUCCAUUUGCAUCAGGCCAAACUCAGGUCUAAGAUCCGAAUUCGUGAUGGUCGUGCCAAGCCCAUUGACCUUUUGGCAAAGUACAUCAGUGCAGAGGAUGACGAUCUUGCUGUGGAGAUGCAUGAACCUUACACCUUCCUCAACGGGCUCACAGUCACUGACAUGGAUGAUCUGCUGGAGGACAUUAAGGUUUAUAUGGAAUUGGAGCAAGGCAAGAACGUGGACUUCUGGAGAGACAUGACGACCAUCACUGAGGACGAGAUCAGCAAACUGAGAAAACUGGAGGCUUCUGGGAAAGGACCAGGAGAUCGUCGUGAGGGCAUCAACACAGCUGUGAGCACUGACGUACAGACUGUGUUCAAAGGAAAAACAUACAGCCAGUUGCAGGCGCUGCACCUGAACAUUGAGUCAAAGAUCCGAGCUGGAGGAUCCAAUCUUGAUAUCGGCUACUGGGAGAGUCUGCUGCAGCAAGUCAGGGUCUACAUGGCCAGAGCCAGGUUGAGAGAGCGACAUCAAGAUGUGCUGCGUCAGAAGCUGUUCAAGUUGAAACAGGAACAGGGAGUGGAGAGUGAACCUUUGUUCCCCAUCAUCAAAGAGGAGCCGCAAGAUGACGAAGAUGACAGGGAGAGAGCAGGAGAGCGGACUAAGGAGACCGCAACAGAAGAACCUGGACAGUCAUCAUCAUCAUCGUCCUCCACAAAAAGAAAGAACAAAGCAAUGGAAGAUGAAGAAGAAGAGGCAGGCCCGUCCACAGCAGGAAACCAAGAUGAGGAUGGCGGAGAAGACGGUGACGGGAAGGACGAGGAGAAGGGUGAGGCGGUGGAGGCUGUGCUGACGGAGGAGGACCUGAUCCAGCAGAGCCAGGCGGAGUACGACUCAGGGCGCUACAGUCCUACGCUGCUCAUGCCUUCUGAGCUGCCUCUGGACACACACACGAUUACCCCAGAGGAGGACAUACACAGGCUGCAGCUGGCACGCAGACAGCUACAGGUUACAGGCGACGCUAAUGAGAGUGCAGAGGAUGCCUUCGUACGUCGAGCCAGAGAGGGCAUGGGCAACGACGAGGCGCAGUUCAGCGUGGAGUUCCCAGUCACGGGGAAGAUGUACCUGUGGGCAGACAAAUAUCGUCCCAGGAAACCCCGCUUCUUCAACCGGGUCCACACGGGCUUCGAGUGGAACAAAUACAACCAGACGCAUUAUGACUUCGACAACCCUCCGCCCAAGAUAGUUCAGGGAUACAAGUUCAACAUCUUCUACCCGGACCUGAUUGACAAGCGCUCCACCCCGCAGUACUUCCUUGAGCCCAGUCCCGACAACAAGGACUUUGGUAUUUUAAGGUUCCACGCAGGUCCGCCGUACGAGGACAUUGCCUUCAAGAUUGUGAACAGGGAGUGGGAGUACUCGCACCGACACGGCUUCCGCUGUCAGUUCGCCAACGGGAUCUUCCAGCUGUGGUUCCACUUCAAGAGGUACCGCUACAGGAGAUAGACACCACGCACCAGGAUGGACCAAGACCAAUCACUGAGUUUUUACUAUUCACAGUGUAUAGUUUAGGCUGUACAGUCAGUGAGCAUUGUUGUAUUGCUUCAGCUGCUCUUUCAGAAAAUCAGUUUGUUCUGUUCUCUACUGUUGUCUGAAAAAGUAAAUUGUAAUGUCGUUUGAAAAAUACAUAUUAAAGAUUUUCCCCCUUUUUUUACUCUA